AUGAGUGUCGAGGAAUGUAGUGAAGAAGGCUAUGAACACAACUAUUCUACGCUUACCUCUCGAACACCCACUAUUUUUCUUGCUUUUUGUGCUCCAAGACGUAUUAUAAGCGGCACGAACGUGUGUUCGCCUCCACCGAACGCUUCGUCAUGCUUCAUGAUGCUGAGAGUAUCUGGUUUCGCGCCUUUAGAAGAGAAGAGUCGAAGCUCUAUGUCAGUGUCAACGAUAGAAGAUCAGGAACGCAGUCGUAUGCACAAAGAAAAGUAA